UCCUCAGCUAGCUAAAAUUAACUUGCUCUCUCUCUCUCUCUCCUCUUUCUCUCCCUCUCACACAUACACACAUACAGAGACGCAUACACUUUGUUCAGAUCGUCUUCGAUGGAGCUUUCUCCUUUAUUAAUGGGGUUCAGUGAGCACCGUCUGGAGCCCACGAAAGGUGGUGAUCAUGAGGAGCAUGUGAUCGCGUAUUCUUCUUCUUCUUCUUCUUCUUCUUUUUCUUCUUUCAGUGCCAUUUGAAGAAAGGGUCAGUUCACCGAAAUCUUGCAAGUUUCUUCAUUGGGUUCUUUAAUCAUCUGCCGAUAUCCGAGGAUAGGAUGCUGGAGGACGUGCUGCAUCCGCCUCAACAGCUUCCAACUGAUGAUAUGUCGAGCCCGUUAAGUGCUCAACUGUUAGAACUUUGCGACCCCGAAUUAUUUUCGGAAAGUAUACAGAACUCUGAGAUCACCUCGUGUUCAAACUGCUGCUACGAAGAUUGCCCUGAUUCCUCCAAAUUUUCUUUACCUGAAGAUUCGCAAAACUUUGGCGAUCUCCUGCAGGAAGACUAUGGAAUCAAUACUAACACCAUGGCCACGACUCCAACCAUGACCACAAGUAACACCACGACUGCCACCACUACUUACUAUAAUGGAAAUCAAACAGCAAUCUUUGAUCCGCAAGAAGAUGUCGAUAAUGACAUUUCUGCUUCGAUUGAUUUCUCUCCCUCCCCUCCGUUUUCGGUUUCCCCAUUCGUCUGUCCUCAACAAGACCACCUGAUGAUGGAUUUCCCUUCAGUGCAGCUAACAGAUAACCAACUUCCACUGACCAAUAGCACUGAUAGGCUACCGAAUUUUACUUGCGAAACUAUGUCGCCGUUAAUUGGCCCUCCAUUGAUUGCCUCAGUGUUCAAACAUGAUUGCUUGUCCUCUGUGCCUCCAUAUAUUCCUUUGGACCCCGCGUCGCCUUGGUGCUCCUUCAUUGGCCCAAUGACGUACAUGCCAGGGAAUAUAACUGGCACAUUAUCUGCAGAUAGCUCGGGGAUCUUCUCGGGAAGUGUUCUGAUAAAAGCAGAUUUGCAAGCUCGAGAUUUGGAUUACCAGGCUGACAAUAACGGUGGAAUCUUUUGCUCAGAUCCGACACAGGUGCUUAUUCCUGAGGACAUGCAGGCAUUUUGUGCUGAGAGCCAAAAGCUGAUGAAUGGGAAUUCGAGUUCUGCACCUUUCACAACAGAUAUUUCAAACUUAGAAGACUCAACUUACACAGUAAGAAAGCUCUCGGUUGAGCAGAGGAAGGAGAAGAUCCAUCGGUACAUGAAGAAGAGGAACGAAAGGAACUUCAGCAAGAAGAUUAAGUAUGCAUGCCGCAAAACUUUGGCAGACAGCCGGCCACGAGUGAGAGGGAGAUUCGCAAAGAACGAGGAAUUCGGGGAGAACUCUAGGCUUGCUUGUGGUCAUCUUGAGGAUGAUGAAAAGGAUGAAGUGUUUGUGAAAGAAGAUGACAUGAUGGAUUCAUCUGAUAUCUUUGCUCAUAUCGGCGGAGUCAAUUCCUUCAACUGCUCAAUCCAAUCUUGGAUUUGAAUGGCCAGAUCUUACAGACCCUAGCAAUUCCAUUACUCAGUUUUGCAGGACUCGGUGAAGCCCGGGUCUCUGUUUCUGCAGACCGGUCGACUUACAAGAAUUAGUGGAUUAAUACAUGAGUCAGGAUUAAUUAGUAUGACAAUAAGAAUUAAUGUACUUUUGUAUAUAAGAUCUGUAUGUUAUAAAGAGUAUCA